AAAUCAGGCCUUGUGUUUCUAGUACGAUUUACCAGGAAUUCUAUAAAGGAGUUUCUGUUUAGGCGAGCACUUAAAAGACGACAACAAAGGUGAUGCUCGAGUCAACAGCCAUGGAUGGGGCAGGGGCGGAUUAAAACAAUUUCAUAAUCCUAGCGAUUUCCCUUUUUUGAUCGGGAUUAUGAAACCAAUCAUGAAUAUCAAAAGCUGCAGCUUAAACCAGCAACUUGGGACAGAUGCCCUGCAGCUAUGGACGACACAGCAAGAAUGAAGAGCGGAGGAUUCCUUUUCAUUUAGGGAAAGUAUAUUGGCCCUUCUCUUCCCAUUCCCCUUUUACCAGCUGCUGGGUUUAACUGGAAUGGCUGCAUGAUCAAUAUUCAGGUCUUCUGAUGGAUCCAGUUGGUGCAAAACACUCUCUUUCUCUCGGGUCUUGGAUGGAUUCGGGGAGAAUGCCUUCACAGAGCUGCGGGUCCCGGACUCAGUUGCGCAAGCUGCAGCCGUGCCCAUUUCCCCCUCGAGGAAAGUGAAGGGCAGUUGGCCAGAGAAGGCUUGGUACCUCACCACCUGGAAGUGGGAGCAUGGAGGGGAAUUUCGCUACUGAAAAGAGAAGGACGCUGAACACCUUGAAGCAAUGUGUCAGAAGUAUUCCUAGAGUGAAACAGCCUCCCGAGGACAUUGAUGAUACAGGGGAGCAUUGUCCCAACGGGCCAGCCUGGGUUCCACUGGGGCUGCUGCGGGAUACAAGCAAGGGCACCUCUGUUCUGGAGUCCAAAGUUAAAGCUCUGAAAGAGAAGAGGAGUGCCGUCCACAGGCAGGCGGAGGCAGCACCCCAGGAGAGGGCUUCCCCCAAAAAGGCCAAGGCCCGGAAAGGGAAGCCGCUGACGGAGCCUGCUCCUCAGGAUGCUGUGGUAGAACCUCAGGCCCAGAUCCGCACCUACCUGACGGAUGUGCUGCUGGACAGCACCGACUACCCACGUCUCAAGCAGGAGGGAUCUCAAGGGGCAGUACCUACAAGUCUGCUUGUUGACGAAUUUGAACCUCUGGAGGGGUCUAAGGCAGCAGAAGAACCUGCAAGCAUGGGCUGGAGCUCACCCGAGCCAUUCCAGAGGUUUCCAGGAAGUGACAGGAUGGAUAAAAGGGGCUCGUCGGGAAAUGCCAAAAGGGCAUCCCAAAAUGGCCUCUGUGGGGCCAGCUCCUUAAAGGACCUUUCCUUCAACCAGAAAUAUUUUGAGGAUGCAAACGGCAGAGAAGAGCACCUCAUUCAUGGUAUGGAUUUUGAAAGCGGUCCUUUCCUCCACAAAGAGGAUGGAACAACCGGCCGCCUUUGGCGAACCGAGAGCUGGGACAGUCUCUGCAGCGGCGGAAGCAAUGCCAGCACCCUGUCCCUGGCAGAGAGAGUGGAGAGGAACCGGUCGAUGCUGCAGGAGAUGUUGAGCGCGGCGCAGUUUAAUAGCCAUUCUUUACGGGAGCCGCAUACUCUGCGCCGUCACAAGAAGGAUGGCCCAGGCCUUGGGAGAGACGGGCCCAGAAACGAGAUUCUGGCAAAUGAUGUAGACUGGGAUUCUGGAGUUUCAUUACAGGAUUCUGAAGGCUACCGGGCCUUUGUUCCCAACCAGGAGCUAGAGCUGAGUCCCAGGCAUGAACAGGCCAAGCAACUGCUGCAGAGAGCCCGCAUGAAGGCCAGGACGAACCCACUCCGAGCAAGCCAUAACAUCCUGCCUACUGCCCCUCAGGAAAGGAGGGAUGGCUGCGGGAUCUCUGCUGCAGACACAAAGAAGUUUGCUCUGAAGGAUGGAGACCCCCACGCCGGCGGCAACCUGAGUGACUCGUCCAGCGGGGAAUCCAGCAGUGAGCAGCAAAGGAAGCGAGGGCCGUCCCCGUCCCGAGUGCGUUUUGAGGAUGAGUCUGCGCGAGAUGCCGAAGUCCGCUACCUGGAGCGCCUGCAGCUGCGUCAGAGGCGGGUGUUGGAUUCUGUCCUCCUGUCUCUGGGCCGUGGCCCGCUGGUCUCCAAACCGGACCUUUCGGAUUACAUCAACGGCGAGCUUCACCGCAAAGAGAGUGGCGGUGGCGGCAGUGGCAGCAGCAAACCCGGCUGGGAACAGCAAGGCAGCAGGGGGCGCUCCGAGAAAAGGAAGCCUCUGGUGGUCAACGAGGAAGGCAAGUGCAGCGCAUGCGGGUCUUAUGUCAGGAAUCUGACAGCCAGUCAGAACCCAGAUACCGGAGCAAAGCAGACUGUGAAGAGCAUGCAUCAGUCUUGCAACAUCCCCCGAGAGGGCAAGGAGCUAGUUCGGGCCAAUGAAAGCAAAGAGCUCGACGCUACCCAGGAGGACUCGCGAACCAGGGCUUUGGGUCCCAAAGGAACUCCGCUGUGGAUCCUUCCUUCCCGUCAGCGUGUUUACACAGAGCGCAUCAGGGAGACGUACAUAGGGGAAGUGACUUGCAUAGAUGAGGUGGAUUCUGCUCUGGACAGCGCCACAGAUACAUCGGACAGCUACAGGACGGACAGCGAGGAGGCUGGUGCCAGCAGCCAACGGUCAGGGGUCAAAAGCGCCCGGCAUGGUGGACCAGGUCCGGAUCCCGGGCCGUUUCCCCCUUCAGAGGGGGAAGCCAAGAACAGGAAGGCCAACGGGGAGAGGCCCAGAGCAGAUGGCAGCUGCCGUGCUAGUGGAGGGGAAAUUGUGCCUCGCAGAUGGGAAAUUGGAUCGAGUGCUAAUCAAGCCAACGACUGUUCCGUGAAGGGGGCCUCUGAGAUCAGAGAUCAGGUGACCAAAAUGGCAGAAAGUAAGGCAGAAGCCUUUCCCCGAAGCAGCCAGCCUGUAGAUCUGUAUCAGCUGGUGAAGAAAGGCAGGAUGCAGGAACAUCCAAAGCUGUCCAAGGCCCCGUCAAAGCAAUCCACACCCACCUCCCACCCUCAGAAGUUGCCUUCCCAUCUGGUCCCCGAUGGUGUCGCAGACUCCGUGAACAAGAGGCCCGUGGAAACUUCCAACCGAACUCAUAGGCCAGCGAACAAUUUAAGUCAAACCAAGCAAGAGCAGGGCCCUCCUCAGCAGCUAACUGAACAGAUGAGUGCCGGCCACAACUUUGCUUACCGAGUUCCUGCACCACCCACCACUGGAAAAGCCCACCCUUCCCCUAUGCCUUACAGGAGGGCUGCUCUGAGUGGCAGCCACAAGCUCACCAGCCAGGAUCCUGGGCGGGUGGACCAAGCCAAUGAACUAUCAAUUUACUCUGCCUCCCCUAAUAGCUUCCGGAAUGUGUGUGCGUCUGGGCAGGAGGAGGAGGAGAGUGGUCGGCAGAGUCCAAAGAUGCUCUCCAAGAACCAGCUGCUGGCCUUGUCCACCAACAACUGCAACAACACAUAUGCCAAGCAUGAGCCAAAAACCUUAGUGAGCAGAGAGGAGCAGCUCCAGGAGAGACAGAAGCUGAAAAAAAAUCAAGGUCCACUGUCUUCUUCCGCCCCUGGUGUUCCCCCUGUUGCUGCCAAUGCCAUCACUUCUGCUGCCAUUAGUCUCUUGCCAACAAGGGAGGAGACCAACUUGACAACCUCAGCUCAGCCAAUCCAUAGGGAAGCUCCAGCUGCCGAGGCUCCAAAGACAAAGACAUCGAGUGCAGCCCAGCGCAAACCCUUGGAGAUCUACCCGGAGCCAAAGAGAAAGCUGUUUGCCAAGAAAAGUGGCUCCUCUUCCUCCUCUUCUGCAUCAGGACUAAAGAAGUUCUUCACCACUCUGAGUCAGAGCACCAAGCAGAAGCUGGGCAGGUUCCGCUGCUACAGCAUGGAGCAGAUUUGUGCCCCAGAGCCGGGAGCUGCAGCACCCACUGAGGAGCCAGGCCCAGGCGCCACCAGCACACCCAAAAUGAAGAAAGCACCUUCCCUGCAGUCCUUGCAGCUGGUGUCGCCGUUCUGCCAACCAAGAAAAGCCUCUUCUGUUCAAAAUCUGCAUUCCUUCCUGGGCAAGGCUGACCGGUCCAGUCUCUAUGCACUGGGGGAGCCAAAGGAAGAGGAGGCUGCUCUAAACAGGAACGCAGGCACCCCACAUCGGCGUUCCCUCAGCGUGGAGGACAUUGGCUCCCCCAACUUGGCGAGAGCCGUCGGGCGGGUGGUGGAAGUUUUCCCAGACGGAACAAGCCAGCUUGAAUUGCAGCGCCGCCCAGAGGGCAACUUCGGAUUUCGUGUCUCGUCAGGAAAUGGCCGUCCUGAUACAGGCAUCUACGUCCAGGAGAUGGCAGAUGCCAGCACAGCUAAACUGUAUGCUGGACUCCUUGGAGUUGGGGACGAAAUCCUGGAGGUGAACGGUGCCAAGGUUGCUGGGCUGGGCCUGGCCCAGAUCAAUGAACUUCUCUUGUGGGCAGACACCCUUUCAGUUAGAGUGCUGAGGCAGAGGCCCGUCCAGCGGUAGCAAAGAAGCUGAAUGCUUUCCCUGCACAGUGCAAAGGAGCCUCUCGUGCCUACAGGGCCUGCCUGAGACUUGGAGCAGAGCCCAGUUCAAACCUCUGUACUAAUGCCUUUCUGACUUGAAUGUGGGCUGUGACACCGCCAGCCCUCUGGAUGCUGCUGCAAUGCAAGCCAGCGUGCGCGCUGAAUGUUUAAUUUAUGCAAAGAUAUGGGUCUCUCUCUCUUACCCCCCUCCUCCUCCCCUGGCCACCCCUCUGCAACCAAGGAACAAGAAUUAGCAGGGAGUAUUUGGGCCCUGAGCUGCUUUCCUGCACAUGCGGGGUAAAGUGACAGGCACAGCACUAAACCAAUGUGUGACUAAGCUGUUGCCUUUCCAAAUGCACCCAUGUUUCCUCUAUAAAGUUUGCUGGGUUGUCUCGAAUUGAUAUGCUAAGCUUAAAAGACCCUAGGAGAUAUUUAAGGCACAAUUUGACCUUGCUUAUGAGUUUUGCUCUUCGUCAAAUUGUGCAUUUGUUCAGCGCGUUGAAGAAAAGUGCAGACAAAAAUCCUAGGAACUGUAAUUUACCCUUCACAGAGCUGCGAUUCCCAACGCUUAACAAGCUACAGGUCCCAGGAUUCUUUGAGGAAAGUCAUGUGCUUUAAAUGUAUAGUGUGCACGCAGCCAGCCACACUGCCAACAAAUAUUCACCUCAGGAAGUUUCCAGGAGUUGAGAAUCCAGUGAAUCUGUUUCGGAUAGCUAUGGAAAUGGCAUCCCUGUGUGAAAUAGCACGUAGCCCUUAUAGGAGGUUGUAGCUUGCCUGGGCAGACUCCAAAUCUCCCUCUGUGCUGUUAACAAGCAUGUCUUACACCAGAAAUGUAAAUCACAUUGAGAUCUGUGCAUCAGUUGUCCUGUUGGGGAGCUCAGGGUCCCUCUGUUGAAGAAUCUUCGCCCGCCCACCUGCCCUUGCAAACUGCAAUUUCUCAGUUUAUUUACAGAAAGGAUUGUAGGACUUGUUGGUCUUUAAAGGGGCUUGACAUCUUUACCAGAGAGCCGUCAGCACCCUUGCAAAACAUCUGGGUUCUUUAGAAGUUCACAACCGGUUUGAAAUCGCUUCAUGUUGGUGGUGUACAUUUCCCCAAACUGCGGCAGCAACGAUAGCUGAGUCCUGCUACCAUGAGCAGCAGCCAAGCAUUCAGUCUGGAAAGGAAGAAGGUUGGAUGGCCUUGGUUUUCUUCUUACAAGCAGGCCAGAAUCAAGGAUUUGUGGCCCCUGCAGAUUCCAGUGGCCUGUACUGUUCUGUACUUGGGGGAAUUCUUCCUCAGUAGUUGCUAGGCAGCCCUAUCUAACUCUAAAAAAGCUAACCUGGCCCUCAUAUUCCUACCCCCUUCAUUUUCAGCCUACGACAAUGUCCUAGCUCUCAUGGCAUGGUAAACUUGUGUCUGAGCUGUACCGUUUCAGUUUGAGGCUGGGGGCUCACUUGAUUUAAUGUUCCUCCAUACAGAGGAAAUCCCUGCACGUAGAAAACUAGUGUCCCUGGCAUGCGAGUUUUCUACAUGAAGGGAUUUUUUUUUUGUUCAGUUAUGUGACCACCGCUUUCAUGUCUGAAAUGGCACAGCCCAGAGUUGGGUUCACCCUAAGGAGGCAAAGGUCUGAAUUUGGUCAGGGUGAAGAAGAUGUGCCCUCUUCUUGUUGUGAGUGUUGAAACCAUUUUGCUUUCCUACUAGCCCAAAAUACCAGCUUCACCCCUGAGCCUUGCAGCUAAUAGCUGAUUGUGACAGGAGAGGAUUCUCUUACGAUUGUUGUGAGCACUUCCAUGGGCUGCUCUCGACAGUGCUGGAAAGCCUCUCUACCUUGUUUUACUGUACAGUAUUUCUCUGAUUAAAUUAUUUUUUGAGAAAACUUUGUGCUCUUGGUCUUCAGUCGUGAUGGAAGAGUGGUUUUGCAAAUCGGCAUAAUCCUUUUUUUAU